CCACCCACACAUUGUUCUCCAUGGCUGCAUGUGCUGAAGAGACUGCCGACCUGCUGCUGUCGGUGGCGGGUGAGACGCAUGUCUUCCACAUUUCGGGCGCCUCCAAGGAGCUGGUCGCCACGGGCGAGCUGAAGGUUCUCGCUGUUGACUCGAGCGCCAACGCCAAUGCCGACGCCGCCGACGCCGAUGAGGCAAAGGCGGACGACGACAUGUUUGUGUUCCUCUCGGUCAACGACUACACGUACCCGAUCACCCUCGGCGCGUUUGUGCCUACUCUCCGCAUCGCACCCGCGUCGUACGUCCUUCCGCUUCCCGAGGACCAGUACCUCGGUGUCGUCCUGCCCAACGACGCGCCCGUUGCCUCGGUCACCGAGUUUGAGCUCUUCCUCGCGGAGAACACCGACUUCCGUGCCGAGGUUGUGACACAGCCCAAGGCUGCCGCUAGCGGCGGCGGCGACGACGACGACGACGAGCAGACCGCCGAGGUGGCGCCCCCAGCGCCGCUUCCGGCCGCCGACGACGUUGCCGGCGACGACGCGGUGACCAAGGCGGCGUCGACCGCCAUCGUGCCUGUGGACGAGGCCGCGCUCGCGGCGCAGCUCCCGGUCAACGACGGCCGUGGCGAGGAGGCGCCCGGCGGCGUCGUCUCGUCGACACUCAGCAUGGUCGCUGGUGGCAUCGAGGGUGGCUCGCGCCUCGUCGGCUCGGGCCUCAUUGCCGGCGCUACCCUCUUUGGCGGCGUCUUCCGCUCCGGCGGCUCGCGGCUCAAGUCGCGGAUCAAGCCCAAGACCAAGCCGGUCGAGGUCUCGGACGGCGUCCGCUCCAAGGUCCACAACGUCAACCACGUGUCCAAGGCUGCCGUCGGCGUCUCGUCGGCCCUCGUCAAGGGCGUCCGCGCCAUGGCGCUUUCCAUCGGCAACUCGGUCGCCGAGGCCGUCAACGAGACCGGUAUCGGCAAGAAGUUCGGCUCUGGCAACGAGUCCAAGCCCGCUCUCCGCGCCGCAAAACAGGUCGUCGUCAACACCGUCGUUGCUGUUGACACCCUCCACACCUCGCUUGCCUCGGCCGGCCGCAUCCUCCUCACCGACGUCUCGGCCACCACCGUCGACGUUGUUGCCCAUCGCUACGGCGACGAGGUCGGCGACGUUACCGGCGAGUCGCUGCAGGCCGUCGGUAACGUCAUCCAGGCCGGCGCAAACGUCCGCCAGAUCGGCGUCAAGUCCAUGGCAAAGGUCGCCGCAAAGGGCACCGCAAAGGGCGUCCUCACCGGCGAGAAGCAGGACGUCGACGCGAACGGCAAUCCGCUGCUGCCCAUCCCUCCGUCGGGCGAGUAAACACACGCUGCUCUCACCCGCUCAUCCCUCCUUCCGGCCCACAAUCUCCAGCACCCGUGCCCGCCCCAGCACGCCCGUCAC